AUUGAAUAGAUGACAGGAACAGAUAGUGAGGUGGUUAUUAUUGAUAAUAGCGAAGCUUCUGUUUGGCCUGAAAAACAUGAAGAAAUUUUUAUUGAACUUAUGGAAGAAGAAGUUUUGAAGGGAAAUAGGAAUACUACAACCUUUACAAAGCAAUCAUGGAAGCGUAUAAAGGAGGAGCUUUAUGCACAAGCGAAGAGAAGUUACACUGAUACACAAUUAAGGAACAAAUACAAUCUGUUAAGACAAAGGCACAAGGAUUUCAAGUCUUUACUGAAAGAGACUGGCAUAGGAUUUAGUGUAGUGACUGGACAAGUUACUGCGCCAGAUGAAGUGUGGGAUAGACUUAUUCGGGUUAACAAGUCAGCUAAAAAAUUUAGAAAAAAAGGUUGUGUACUUUAUGGAAAGUUAUGCGUUAUUUUUGGUGAUACCACUGCAACUGGUUCCAAUGCUCAUCCUUCAACUCGGAGUCCUUCCAUAAAUCUUGAUAAUGAUGAUGAUGAUGCUAUGUCAAAGAGUCCAUCUAUUAGGAAUCAAGAAAGUAGUUUUGAUGAGGAUGGUAGCAAAAGAAGAGGUAAAUCAACUUCCACUACGAGUUCUCGAUCGGCAAAAAAGGCAAAGUUCUCACUCGCAUUAGCAGAAACAUUAACAGUGUAUAAUGAAACCGCAAAGCGAAAGAUGGAAGUGUAUGAGAACUCAAUGACAUCGACAAAACAUCACUUAUUGGAUGAGUGUAUCGAAGCUCUCAAUCAAAUUGAUGGAAUUAGUGGAGAAGUAUAUGCAAAGGCUAUUGAGAAAUUUGAGAGCGAGGUGUCUAGAGCAUUGUUUCUAAAGAUGCCAGAACAUAGAAGAAUUGAUUGGUUGAACUAUUUGAAGUGAUUUUUUCACUUUGUUUAACAUUUACACUUUAUAAUUGUUGGGAUUUAUGAAUGACUUAGUUUGUAUGACUUUGUUUGUAAGCAUGACUUUGUUUGUAUGACUUUGUUUGUAAGCAUGACUUUGUUUCUAUGACUUUAUUUGUAAGCAUGACUUUGUUUGUA